AUGACGUUCAUGUCACCCUCCAGGCCCUCGAAUAGCGAUCUGUCCCUCCUGCAGGUGAACCUGGUGCUGGGGGACGGCCGGUCCCUGGGUCUCACAAUCCGCGGGGGAGCCGAGUACGGCCUGGGCAUUUACGUCACCGGCGUGGACCUGGGCUCAGAAGCAGAAAGCAGUGGACUCAAGGACGAUGUGAAAGCCUCCGAGGCGCUGCCGAGCUCCAAGCCGCCGCCUCCCCCACCGCCUCUGUCCCAAGGCCACAACGGGCCACCCGCCCAGCCGAGGAAGCCGGGGAAAGAGGACCUCCAGCCACCGUCCUCUGCGUCUUCCCACUCGGGCAUCGUCUUCUCGGCCCCCAGGAACCGCAGCCCACCGGCGGGCACCGCGCCUGCCCCGGGGGCCGCCUCAGCACAAGACUCGCCCUUCUCCCCCAUCUAUGCCUCUGUGCCCCCUGCCAAGCCCGGCUCCAAGAGACCGCUGGACGCCCACCUGGCCCUGGUCAGCCAGCACCGCAUCGGCCCCUUCCCGCGAGUCCAGUCGCCCCCGCACCUGAAGAGCCCCCCUGCAGAGGGUGGCUGCCUCCCGCCACCCUCCCCCUCCGGCCAGCCCGACGCGGCGGGCACAAACCAGCACUUUGUCAUGGUGGAGGUGCACCAGCCCGACAGCGAGCCGGACGUGAACGAAGUGAGGGCGCUGCCCCAGGCGCGCACAGGCUCCACACUCUCCCAGCUCUCGGACAGCGGGCAGACCCUGAGCGAGGACAGCGGUGUGGACGCCGGUGAGGCAGAAGCCAGCGCCCCGGGCCGAGGCAGACAGACGGCACCCACCAAGAGUAGGAGUAGCAAGGAGCCACCUCGGGACGAGAGGACCACAGAGGGGGCUGCCAAACCGCCUGGACUCCUGGAGCCCACGUCCACCCUGGUCCGCGUGAAGAAAAGCGCGGCCACCCUGGGCAUUGCCAUCGAGGGUGGUGCCAACACUCGCCAGCCCCUGCCUCGGAUCGUCACGAUUCAGCGAGGUGGUUCAGCCCACAACUGUGGGCAGCUCAAGGUGGGCCACGUGAUCCUGGAAGUGAACGGGCGGACACUUCGGGGCAAGGAGCAUCGGGAGGCGGCGCGCGUCAUCGCGGAGGCCUUCAAGACCAAGGAGCGAGACUACGUCGACUUUCUGGUCACCGAGUUCAAUGUGAUGCUCUAGAGGCGGAGGCCCGGAGGCCUCCCACUGUUGCCCAGUCCCCGGCCCCGGCCCCUCCUCCCUCCUGGCACUGUUAAGCUCCUUGAAGGCCCGAGCUGCAUAGCCAGGGAGCAAGGAGACGUCCCCCCACUCUUUCCCGGCCCACUGGCCCGGAACCAGGAGAAGAAAGCCGGGGGAGGCAAACAGAAGGUCAGGUCGGGAUCCGGUGCCAUGCGUGGGGUACACGGUAGGCGCUCAGUAUAAGCAGUGGGUGUCAGGAAGGAGAGAAAGUCCACCUGAGGCCUGCCAGGGCCUGUUCCCCUGGGUUGGGGAGGGGCACUGGUCCCCGUUCCCCCGCCAGCUAGGACCUGGCCCAUCCUCCAGAUGUCUGAGCCUUUAUGUGGAGUGAGGCCACGCGAGAAUUCGUGGACACGGCCCCCAGCCCAGGGGGCAUCUCGAAGGACCUAUAGUGCCACAAAUAAGCAUCAAGCACCCCCCCCCAUUCACACCCCCAUUCUUCCUGGCUCCUCAUCCCCCCAUAGUAUUUAUUAUUUAUUUCCCUCUCCUCACCCCUGGGGACCCCAAGACCCCAGCUUCCCACCCCGUGCCCAGCCUAACCCAGAGGCCUUGCAGGGGACGAGUGAUGUCAGUGUAUUUAUAUACAGAGCUUAUGUCUUUAAUUUUUCAAUAAAGAAACCUGAACAAGGUUA